ACAGCAGUGCAUUUUCAACAAAAUAAGUUGUGACGUUGCGUUACAGAAAAGAGUCAGCAACAACAAAUACAACAGCGAGAACGGCAAUUUGUGUCCAGCAGUAACGGGAGUUGUUCUUGUCACACGAAGAAAAAGUGCACCCUUCAGGAAUCUCGAUAAUCCAGCAUGGCCGACCCCGAAAGGCAGAGCUUGAUCAACAAGGAUGAAUCGAUCAUGUACGCUGCCGUCGACGAGGGUGCCGAGAAUCCUGGGAGCGGCACAGCCGCAGUCCCCAAUGAGGAUGGCAAUGGAGCACCGACUGCAGUGCCUUGUAUUGGACCCGAUGAGCUGCCACCGCCCUAUCAGCAGAGUAGCAACACUGGAGGGGUGCCAAUGGUCACCUGUCGCGUGUGUCAGCACAUGAUUGACAUUACCACGAAGAGGGAGCAGCAUGUGGUCAAGUGCACCCAUUGCAAUGAGGCGACUCCCAUUAGGAACGCUCCGCCGGGCAAGAAGUACGUACGCUGCCCGUGCAAUUGUCUGUUAAUCUGCAAGAGCUCUUCGCAGCGCAUCGCUUGUCCCCGACCCAAUUGCAAGCGAAUCAUUAACUUGGCCCCAAGUCCCGUCACCCCACCCGUGCCAACCAUGCCGGGCAUGUGUCGCGUCAUCUGUGGUCACUGUUCGGACACGUUUUUGUUUAACACCUAUCACAAUGCCCUGGCUCGCUGUCCGCAUUGCAGAAAGGUCUCCUCGGUGGGUUCGCGCUUCGCCAACAGCCGCGGCGUUAUGUUUGCCAUUGUGGCGUUGCUGUUCCUUGUGGCGGGCAUUGCCGUGACCAUAGGCACAAUCUCGUAUGCAUCGGCUCACGGCGGCAUGUAUAUUCUCUAUGUGGCAUUGUUUGUAAUCGCGGUGAGCAUGUUGGCCCGAUCCGCGUACUAUUUCCGCCUUAAAGUGAGCGCCAUUGAUGGGCCCAUGUAAGAGUCGCGUUGCGGUGCAAGAACAGAAGUGCAUUGUUUUAUUUUGAUAUAUGUAUAUACAUAUAUAUAUAUUAUGCAUAUAUAUCAUUCCUUUUGAUAUUAAAUGUAACCCGCAAUCUAAACAAACAGCCAAUAGCAGACGAAACAAUGAACAUUUCCCCAGGAACAGCAUCAGCAGAAGCAGCAGUCCACAAUCCCAGCCUCAAAAGGAUUCUAAAUGUUGAACAAAUUUAAUGAAAAGCUAGCUAAAUUAUUCGAGACGAAGCCAGCCCCCAUAUAAAGUGAUUUCUAAAACCAUAUUUUUAGGACAUUAAGACCCGUAACUAACUACACACUAAUGAAUAUACUAAAAGCGAAAUAUUUCCAAA